AUGGAUGGCAAGUAUCCACAACCUAUCAUGAUGGAUCAAUGUGCAGCUAUGGCUGCUGCUAUUUCUAUAGUUUUUCCAACAUCACGCCAUCGUCUUUGCAUAUGGCACAUUGACACUGAAGCUGAGUUUGAAUUUUAUUGGACUAGGAUGGUGACUGAAUAUAAGUGUCACAAGAAUUUGUGGCUAGGGAAGCUUUAUGAUUGUAGGGAGAAAUUGUGUCCAGCAUUUAACAAGGAUUAUUUUUCUGGGGGAAUUUUAACUUCACAAAGGAGUGAAACUACAAAUCAUUCAAUUUCUAGAAGGCUAUCUAAGACUGCUGGUCUUUGUGAUUUCUAUUCUUCUUUUGUUAGCGUUAUUUAUGAGUGGAGAAGUAAAGAAAAUGGUGAAUAUUUUCGUUGUGCUCAAGGGGUACCUGCUAUGAUGAUUGACCAUGUGAAACUUCUUUCACAUGCUAGAGAGGUAUAUGCUAUUGAGAUCUAUUUUUUGUUUGAGGAACAAUUAAUGAAAGGCAGUGCUUGUCAUCAAGAAAUUGUUUUGAAUGAUGGGUGUCAAUACAAGUAUCAUGUGUGGCGACCAUAUAUAGACAUUAUAAGGCAUGAAGUUAGUUUUAAGCCUCUCAAUCUUGACAUUUCUUGCAGUUGCAAACUGUUUUCUGAAAUGGGAAUUAUUUGUUGUCAUUGUUUACGUAUACUUAAUGUAAAUUGUGUUCCUAGUAUUCCUGAUAAAUACAUUAUGAAAAGAUGGACUAAAAAGGUUGCGAUUGGUAGGAAUGUGAACAUUGAUUCAUUGUCUUAUAAUGUUGGUGUUCCUCCUUCAAUUUGA